AUGAAUCUGAAUGAUGGUUAUUCAUAUCCAAAGCCUUAUCAACCAUUCACUUUCCCAACUACACCAACUCCUUCCACAACACCAGAAGUCUACCCACAACCCUCUAAUGAUCAGCUUCAAGCCAUCAGACCAUCAAACAAUAAUGGUUAUAACUAUCCAAAGCCAGCCAACCAAUUUUUGCUUCCUUCUGAGCCAGUGAAGGACAACGAGUCACCAAGCCCAUCCAACAACUUUGGAACUGUGCUGAUUCCUGAGAAUGUCAAGAGGAAACCCAAAGUGAAAUUCACAUUGCCUACAACUGCAGCACCAGUUGUCACUACACCAAGACCAACUGAACCAGACACUAAUAUAGAACCAGCUGCAGCUCAAAACCCAGUGGUUGCAGUGCAGGUUGUCAAGGAUAAAGAAGAUCACCAUACAUUAGAGGAGCAAUGUAGUCAUGCUUUCCACAGUUUCCUAUGUAACACUCCCAAGAGGAAACGUCCGCGUCCUGAUGGAAGACUGUAUUCAGCAUAUCUUGCCAAACCUACACCAGCAAUUCAACCAGCACCUUCCAAUAACAACCCUGAAAGACUGAAACCAAGCGUCACAACAAAGGCACCAUACAAGAAAAUAGAGACUACUACAGAAAAUAAUGAUUUGGAAGAAGCGCCAGCUCCAUCCUCCAAUCAGCAGCAAGCUCUUCCAUUCAACGGUUACAACUAUCCCAACCCAAAAACACCAUUCAAUUCACCAGCCAAAUCCACCACACCUAAAUAUGACACAGCACCAUCAAAUCCAAUCGAGAAUAAAGCACCGUUUGGAUACUCUUACCCAAAACCAUCACCUGCCUUCAAUAUACCUAUCUCAACAACUACCACAGCUGCACCAGUACCCGAGUUCAUUGAUGAGACUAGACAGUCCGGGUCUUUUGAGAAUUUGGGCUACUCUUAUCCUAAACCCUCACCCUCCGAAAGACUCCCGUCUGCAGCUGAACCUUCUCCGAAUAUUUUGAAAGUGGAUGAAAGCAAAGAGUCAACCGGCUAUUCUUACAAUGUUCCCACUAAAUCAUUCACGCUACCUACAAGACCACCAACAACUUUAGCUCCAUAUUUCGACAUUGAUGUCAGAUCAGCUAGUCGAGAUUCACCAUCUCUCCUACAGCCUGCACAAAAUACAUUUGGUCAAGGAUACAACUAUCCACGUCCUGACACAUCAAAACAACUUCAGUUGCCAUCAAAUAAACCGUUCUUCGACACAAACUCUGCCAAAACCAACAAACCCAUAGAAAGUAAGCCUACUCCUCCUACAUCCAUUUCAGAGCAGCUGCCCAAAAUUGAUGAAGACCAGUUUCCGUUCUCAUUUUUCAAAAAAGCAACAACAAAACCCAAAGUCAAGGAUCCACUACCUCGUGACAGUGAUCUAAUUAUCUUGAAACUAUAA